UCUCUCCUAAACCACACUUAAAAGUUUAAAUAUCUGUUUCAUUUGGUUUACAUGCAAGUUUAUCAAAGAGGUUAAAAAGAAAGGAGUUUCUUCUUUCCAAGCAGCAGUGAACGCACCAUUUUUUCCUCAUGGGCGUCUCAAAACAAAAACAAGCAGAGAGAGAGAGAGAGAGAGAGAGAGAGAGAGAUCACAUGUCAGAUCCUUCGCCGGCACACACAAACGAGGAAGCGGCAGCAGCACCGGCUCUCCACUCAGUCCGUGUCCGGGAAUCAGUGAGUGUCCGCCGGGUUCAGCCGCUGGGUCCAGCCGCCGGGUCUAUGGUUCUGCUCCGGCACAUCUCCAUCGCCCUGACCGCCGCCGUGGCUGCUCUGGGCUCCGCGCUCUUCAUCGCCCUGAACUUCUUCUACAAGAGGAGGGUAUGGUCUCCACAGGCAGAGUACUGCACGAUCAAAGAGGAGGAAGAGGAGCGUGGGAAGCGUCAGGUUCUGGUCCUCGGCCUCGACGGAGCAGGAAAGAGCAGCAUGUUGCAGGGUUUGACCCCUGGGGAGUCUGCGGCUAAAAGAGGCCGCUGCAGACCCACCCGAGGCUUCAACUUCAUGAGCCUGAACGCCCCCGCCUGUCAGCUCGACUUCUUGGAGAUUGGUGGAGGGGAGGACCUGCGGAGGUACUGGUCGGACUAUCUGAGGAGGACUCACGUUCUGGUGUACGUCGUGGACUCUUCAGACCGGAGUCGCCUCCCAUUGGCUAAAGCUGAACUUCACCGCCUGCUGAUGGUGGAGCCUCAGCUUCCUGUGGUCGUCCUGGGAAAUAAGCAGGAUAAGCCGAACGCCGUGAGCGUGUCGGAGCUGCAUGAAGCCUUGUCUCUGGGCUCCGUGACGGACGAGAGAAAGCUGUUCCUCUUGGCUGCCCAGCUGGGCUCUGAUGAGGCCCUGAGGAACUCCUGCCGGGGCCUGGACACCUUCCAGGACCUGCUGCUCCAGCUCGUCUGAUCUCUAUCCACGCACAGAGGAAGAGAGGAGGAGACGGAGGGACCGAGAUAAAGGGAUGGCUUACUGGAAUCCUCCUCCUCCUCUGCCUUUCUCUUAUUAAAGCCGUGAGGCAGAGGAGGAGGAGAAGGUGAAGAAAGGCUGUGAAGUUAUUAAAGGAGGAAGUCAAAGCAGAGAGGUGCCUCCUCGUACUUUUGAACCACACAAGUUUGAAAAUAGCAGCUCUUGAAUCACAGAUGAAGAGGAGGUGCAGCAUGAGGAGGAGAGAAGGAUGGCGGUUUGUUCACGGAGUCUGUGACUCAGAAACAAAAGAUUUACCUCCUGCCGGUGACUCAGACUUUGGAGCAGACUUCAUGUCAACCUGUGACAAGCAUGUCAAUUCUCCUGUAUAUAAGUCAAGUCUGUAGAUUUAUACAGAAGCUGUCUGUUAUGUUUUUUUUUGUUUUCUUAAACCAUAUCACCGGUGCGUGCUCAUAGAUGUCAGGUAAUAUUCAGGGCUGAAAAGUUUGGAGCCCCAGGAGACUGAGUGCACCACCUCCGUGAAUUUAUCGCCCAUGUGUUUGGAAGAUUCUCGCUGACUCCUACACUGAGGCUUUUAUGAGAUUUUGGGGGAUUUUAGUGAGGGAACUUAAAGGGACCUGCUGACGUUAAUGUUAUUUUUAAGCUCACGACUCAAACGACAGGUUGUGUGAGAAGAUUUCCACGCUUUUUCGUGGGUUUCUGCACAUUUUGAGACAUUCUAGGACGCCUUUGUUUGGUAUAAGUUACUGUUGAUCAUGUAUUAAACCAUCAGCCAUGGUGAGGAGUGAGACAGGCCACACCUUUGGGGUAGAGGUGGCGAGGAUACCGUCCAGGCUGGUGGUAAUGUUUCCAUAAGCAACAUCGACCAUUUUCACAGUUAGAGUGGAGUGCAAAGGAUGAUGGGUAUGCAAGGGCAUAUGGUACAUAGUUAUAAUUAAGGUAAAACUAAUGAUACUCGACUGAGCUUGCUUCCUGAUUGGCUUGUUUCUGCAGAGAAAAUUAAAAGUGGACGGUAACGAUCGCUGCAGUGUUUGUGAGCUGUUAAAGGUUUACUACACCAGGUUGGUGACACUUUCCCGUCCGCUUGCUCUGAUUGGCUAUUACAUAGACUCCAUCAGACUUGUAAAUAUGAUACUUCAAGACUGGGAUGGCAGUAAAAUCCUGAUAUUUGGACAGAUAAUCCGUCACAACAAGCCUUGAAUUGCCCAUUAAAACACUCCUGUCUGCAUGAUAAUGUGUUUAUUCAUAUUCAUUAAACAGAGUUGUCUCUCUCAGCACAACCAAAUAUUUGCUACCUAGAAACUCACAGCUUUCAUGAUUUACACGCCUUCUCCAGGGACUCAGUGUUACUCAGUAUUAUGGAGGCCCAUCUCCGCCAUUUAAAAAAGAAAAGUUUUAACAUUAGACAAUUUAAAUAAAAAAAUCCAAUGUAACAAUAAUGAGAUUAAAAGUCAUACUAGUCAAAUAAAAAGUCACAAUUAUGAGAUUAAAAGUCACAAUUAUGAUAUUAAAAGUCAAAAUUAUGAGAAAAAAAGUCUGGAUUAUGCCAUAAAAAGUCACAGAUAGGAGAAUAAAAGAGAAUAAAAGGAGAAUAAAAGUCAAAAUUAUGAGAUAAACUUUAAAAAAAUGAGAUUAAAAGUCACAACUAUGAGAUAAAAAACAAUUAUGAGAUUAAGAGUCACAAUUGUGAGAUUAAAAGUCAAAAUUCUGAGACUGAAAUUCACAAUUCUGAGAUUAAAAGUCACAAUUAUGAGAUUAAAAGUCACUAUUAUGAGAUUAAAUAUCAAAAUUAUGAGAUUAA